GAAACUUCUCCAUCUGCAGGAGGAAACUUCUCCAUCUGCAGGAAGUAACUUCUCCAUCUGCAGGAAGAAACUUCUCCAUCUGCAGGAGGACACUUCUCCAUCUGCAGGAAGAAAUUCUCCAUCUGUAGGAAGAAACCUCUGUGGAGCAGAUGAUGAUGGUCCAGCAGCAGAACCAGUAGAGCCUCAGAAAACCUGCAGGUCAGAUGAAAGUGGUCUGAGAUCUUCCUGUCUGUUUCCAGCAGCAUCUCGUAGACGCUCCGUGUGGUGGAGUACUGAGUUCAUAGACUACAUCAGAAGUUCCGAUCCUGGUCUGGGUCUGAUUUAGCUGGUCAGGAGGUUGAAGAUGAAGAAGCCUCUGACACUCAGCAGUACCUGGAGCAGCUCUGCUGACAGAGAACCAGAACUGAAGAAGUUCAAGAGGAAGUCCCGUGAGCCUAAAAGACUUUUCACAGCCUCUGAAAGUGACAGGAUGAGAAUCUUCCCAAUGGACAUGUCUGAUGUCAACACAGCAGACGAGUCUCAUAUGGGGGUCCAUAACGUCAGCAAGAUGGCUCCUCUGCAGCGACAGCUGCUGAUGCCACAGGAAGUGAUGUCAGGAAUGCCAGGAGACUGCAUGGCUCCAGGUCACAGUGGUGCCAUAGACAUGAGGAUAGGGAUUAAUGUUCCCGGUGUCACUUCCAGACUGUCCCAGUCCCCUUUGUCUCCGCUGUCCAACCAUGAGAUCUCCCACUGGCCCACCUCCAUAUCUCAGCCCCUGUCCAACAGACUCAAACUGGGCCUCCACCCUACCUUCCCUCUGUCCAUGUCCACCGGUGGACACCUUUCUCCUGGACAUCAGGAAUUCUGUGUGGAGACAUGUCUGCCAGGACAGUCUUCAGCCUCGUCCCGAGUGUCCCGGUCCUCCCAGAGUCCAGACCAGCUGGAAGUCCAUGUCUCCUCCCAGAAGGAUUCUCCCAAAAAGCAGGUUGGGAUGGGCGCUGAUACUCGGGGACAUCUCCCAGAGGUCAAAGCCGUCCAACAGACCAGGAGGCUUCUCGCCAACGCUAGGGAGCGGACCCGCGUCCACACCAUCAGCGCUGCAUUUGAGGCCCUGAGGAAACAGGUGCCGUGUUACUCCUAUGGACAGAAGCUGUCCAAGCUGGCUAUACUACGGAUUGCCUGUAACUACAUCCUGUCUCUGGCCCAGUUAGCGGAGCUGGACUACAGCUCGGACCACAGCAGCGUCAGCUUCUCCCAGUGUGUGGAGCAGUGUACCAGGACUCUCCAGGCUGAGGGCCGGAGCAAGAAGAGGAAGGUGAGGCUGGAAAACCCCAAAGACCCCAGAUGUCAAGGAGAAACAUAUGGUCAUCAUACUACACCGCGUCAUAACUUAGUGAGCAGAAACUAAAAGUCAGCAUUCAGCUGUUUACACAAUGCCAAGGAGGAAAGACAUCAGCAAUGACCUUAGAGAAGCAGCUGUUGCUCCCAUCAAUCUCCUAGGUUAUCAGGUCAUUUCCAGACUAUCUGAAGUCCAUCGACCUGCAGAGAUGAAGAUCUGCUGUUGGGAACUGGUAGGAGCUAGUUAACUCAUUGGUAUUUAUUGAUAGAUUUUUAAAGACGGUUACCA